AUGUACCGCAAAACGCUCAUCGAACAUUGUGCUGCUGCCUUUGAACCGGAUGUGACGGAACUGGUGGGUGAUAGCCUGGUCAUCCGUCGGGAAAGUGGUGCUGGUGCAGUUACAAGUUCUGUGGGAGGCCCUCCGCCAGGAAAAGCUGCGUUGCUCUUGAUACUGUAUACGGUAGGAUACACGCAGUGCAUCGCGCAGAUUCCCGUCGCAUCGGCUGUGAUGUCUGCUUUCCUUGCUCUUGACAUGGAUUCAGGAAGCGCCCGUUCGCCCGAGCAGCGCCGAGAAUCAUCCGCAUCCGACGAUGCCCAGGCAAGGUACAUAGCCGACACCAUCGGAACACAUCCGAGGCCCUCUUCCGGAGCACGCCCAGCAACACCAAUCGGGCAGCGCACGGCGCGAUCAAGCACGUCGGACGCGGCGGCUUGA